AUGAAUUACAUACCAGUUAAAAGAAUUCUCUGUUUUGUCAGUGUCAUAAAAAAAUUUCCAACAAAAUUUCCUAAAAAUUUAACUGCAAUAUUGGUUCAAAAUUAUUCUGCGUUUAAGCCAAUUGAAGGAUUCACCCAAAAAUUGCCUAGAAAAAAACGUUUAUUUUUGAUGGCUGGUAUUAGUAACAAAGUUUCCAAUCGUUUAGCAUUGGAAAAAUCUCCUUAUUUGCUUCAACACUCAACAAAUCCUGUUGAUUGGUAUCCGUGGGGUAAUGAAGCAUUUUCAAGAGCUGUAAAAGAAAAUAAAUUAAUUUUUUUAUCAGUUGGAUAUUCAACAUGUCAUUGGUGUCAUGUAAUGGAAAAAGAAAGUUUUGAAAAUGAAGAAAUAGCAAAAAUAAUGAAUGAAAAUUUUGUUUGUGUUAAAGUUGAUAGGGAAGAAAGACCUGAUGUUGAUAAAUUGUACAUGUUAUUUGUUCAGCCAAUAUUUGGGGGUACUUAUUUUCCACCUAGUGAUUUUCAUGAGAGACCUGGCUUUAAAUCAGUUCUUUUGAUUUUAGCUGAACAGUGGCGAGAAAACAGGCAAAAAUUUUCUGAAAAUGGAAGAAAAAUAAUGGAUUAUAUAGAACAAUCUUCCUCUUUGGAUAAUUCCAUUCUGAAUCCAUCUGCUGUGAAUCCACCUGACAUUUCUUGCAUUGAAAAAUGUUAUAAUUCUUUAUUUAAAAGCUAUGAAAAAAAUUAUGGAGGUUUUAGCGAAGCUCCUAAAUUCCCUCAUCUUGUAAAUCUAAACUUUCUUUUUCAUUUAUAUGCCAGAGAACCCAAAUCAGAAAGAGGUAAAACAGCUCUGGCUAUGUGCAUACACACCUUAAAAAUGAUGGCCAAUGGUGGAAUUCAUGAUCACAUUGGAAAGGGUUUUUCUAGAUAUUCUGUGGAUAAUAAAUGGCACGUUCCACACUUUGAAAAAAUGCUCUAUGAUCAGGGACAAUUAGCGGUAUCAUAUGCUACAGCAUACUUGACAACCAAAAACCAAUUUUUUUCAGAAGUUUUAGAAGGGAUUUUAUCUUAUGUUGACAGGGAUUUAAGCCACCCAGACGGAGGUUUUUACAGUGCUGAAGAUGCUGAUUCCUUAUCUGCGCCUGAUUCUACUGAGAAGAAGGAAGGUGCUUUUUAUGUUUGGACUUAUGAAGACAUUAAAAAACAUUUACCUCAAAAAAUACCCGAAUCAUCUGAAUUAACAUAUGCUGAUGUUUUUUGUGAAUAUUUUAAUGUUAAAGCAAACGGAAAUGUUAAUCCAUCAAAGGAUCCUCAUAAUGAAUUAAAAAAUCAAAACGUACUGAUAAUAACAGAUAGUGAAGCUGCUGUUGCAGCCAAAUUUAACCUUUCGGAAGAGAGAGUGAAACAAAUUUUAGAUGAAAGUAAAAAAAUCUUAUUCAAUUUAAGAGCUAAAAGGCCGCGACCUCAUUUAGAUGAUAAAAUUUUAACUUCAUGGAAUGGUCUUAUGAUAAGUGGAUAUGCAAAAGCUGGACAAGUUUUGGGAAAUUCUCAUUACGUUCAAAGAGCCAUUGGAGCAGCCAAAUUUAUAAGACAACAUUUGUAUAAGAAUGAUACCAAAACAUUGUUAAGAAGUUGUUAUAAAUCAUCCGAUAACACCAUAAGUCAAAUAGCAACUCCAAUAAAUGGAUUUUUAGAUGAUUACGCUUUUCUUAUUCGAGGAUUAUUGGAUUUAUACGAAGCGUCAUUUGAUCCAAUUUGGAUAGAAUGGGCUGAAUCUCUUCAAGAAACUCAAGAUACUUUGUUUUGGGAUGAAGGAGGUGCCGGUUAUUUUUCUAGUCCGUCAGGAGACUCUUCAAUUCUCGUACGAAUGAAAGAAGAUCACGAUGGAGCAGAACCUUGCGGAAAUUCGGUAUCCGUAUCAAAUUUACUUAGACUCGGAGCUUACCUCGAUAAAGCAGAAUAUAAAGAUCGCGCGGGAAAAUUAUUGGCUGCGUUCACGUCGAGAUUGAAAAAAAUGCCCGUUAUUCUUCCAGAAAUGGUUUCGGCUUUGUUACUCUACCACGAUGGUCCUACACAGAUUUUAAUAACCGGGAAAAAAACAGAUCCAGACACGGCAGCAUUAUUAAACGUUGUUCAAUCGAGAUUUAUUCCAAAUAGAAUUUUAGCACUAAUCGAUGAUGACAAAGAAAGUAUUUUAUAUAAAAAAAAUGAUAUAAUUCGAACCAUCAAGCCUGUUCAUGGUCAUUCUACUGCAUAUGUUUGCCAUCACCAUACAUGCUCUCUUCCAAUCAAUACCAGAGAAGAACUAGCCAAGCUUUUGGAUGAAUCAAAAUAA